UCCCCCCGCGCCUGGGAGGCGACCCCCGUGCGCCCCGGGUUCAAAGGCCCAGCGCGGCAGCUCCAGCCCCUCCGGGGGGCGGGGAGGCGAGGGGGGUGGUGCAGGAGCCAGAAAAGCCCGAGCCCACAGCCGGCCUGCCCUGCGCAGGGAUGGGCAGCGCGCUGUGAAGUUUGUGAUCGCCGCGGCCAACUCCUGGCCGGAGUCCGGAACACAGCGAGCCAGUGGCCGGCCUCGAACCCCCACAGCUGGAGACGAGGCCAGCUUGCCCGCCCCGAGCGCCCUUUCGCGGCCACAGGCGCCCGUCUUCCUGACCCGGUGCUUCCGCGCCUGAUCGGGGUUCAUGGAGCUGGGGCUGUGGUUCCUUUUCGGGCUCACAGUGACCUCCGCCGCAGGAUUGGUGCCUCACCCCCAGCCUGGGGACGCUGGCAGGAGCGGCGCACCCCUGGGCCCCCCAGCAGACAGAUCUGAGGGGGACGUUGAGGAGACUGUGGCCAUGAUGGCAGUGUGGCGUCCAAGUCCCAGAACCCUUGUGCAGGAACCAGGACCAGCUCUGUUUGGGGAACAGGAGGUCCAGGGGGGCCCUGUGUCCCGCCGAGCCAAACGCUGCACAUGCUUCACCUACAAGGACAAGGAGUGCGUCUACUACUGCCACCUGGACAUCAUCUGGAUCAACACCCCUGAACAGACUGUGCCCUAUGGACUGUCCAACUCCCGGAGCAGGAGGUCCGCGGGACCCUUUCUGCAGAGCCCACAGCCCUCGAAGUGGACGCUACGCUGCACUUGCGCGGAGACUGAUGACAGGGCCUGUGUGCACUUCUGCACCCAAACCCGAGCUGUCGGCAGCUCUCUCCCCACAGGAAUUCAAUGGCAGCAGAAAAACCUGACAAAGAAGAAGAGCGGGCCAGCGGUGCCGAGAGAGACCGGCAUCCAAGAAGGUUGAAGUCAAGCACAGACAGAGCCCGUAGGCUCUAGACCCGCCGUCCAGGGCUCGCCCCGCAGUGACCUCCCCGCCCGGCCGCCACUCUGCUCACUCUUUCAGAAGCCCCUGGGGAGGACGGGCCGCGGCCUCCUGUGUUAGAAAGGCCUCCGUUACUGCUCCUACGGGGGUCGCCUUUCCACCUCUUGGAGGACGAGGAAUGAGUUUUGCCUGGGGGAGAAAACCCAUUCAGAGGGUCCUCACUUAACAAUGCACCCCACCUCGAGAGAGAAUGCCCCCGUCCAAAUGGCCCCGGUUUCUCUAAUCAGUAAAAUGAUCCCAGCUGUGCCCUGGGGCCUGACACCUAUGGCUCUGGUUUCAUGCAGGAAAUUAUUUUUGGAGAAGGAUGGCUCGUUGGAAAGCCACUUGCUGGCUCUCGACUUAAUUUCUCUUGGAGACUAAAUGGACGCCAAGCUAACUCUUGCAAAUGUAAAGACAUGCCCAUCUUGUAAUAGAUGCAACGCGCAGCAGGAGUGUGCAGUCGUGUCCCCACUUAGAGCAGGCACCGGGGAGCCAGGGGGCCACCAGGCGUCAGCUUUAGUCUCGGAUCAUAGCUGCACAGGAGCUGAUGAGUUUGAAGCUUAUAGGAUUUACACAGAAAUUUUCAGCUGUGCUUGGUAGCCACCAAAAGAAUGUCUCUCAAAAAGAAAAAAGAAGCCUGGAUAUUUGUGACAAGAAAAGGAGAAACUUAAUAUCUGCGGGUUUGAGCCCCGGGACACACAGCAGAGAGCCUGCUUUUGCUCAGUUGACUGACUUUCAGUGCCCUUUGCAGACAGUCAGGCUAAUGCACAAUGGACCUUGUUCCCAGGAUGCCUUUGUAAAGGCGUCCGGCUGAAGGCUAUUAGAGUGAAUACUUGCUUUCAUGAAUAAAUGUAGAUCUUUGGGGAAUGGCUUCAAAAUAAGCCUCGAGCACCAACUGUUUGUAAAUUAUAUAAAUUCCUAUUUAUCUAUAUAAUUGCCAACAACCGUGAACUGUAGCACCUGGCAGUUCACAGUCUUUCCCCUGCGCUCUCACCGCCGGGCUGCGAUGACUGUGAGUGUCUGAGAAAGUGAUUCAGUGUGUGAAGUCACCUACAGGGAGAGGCCGCCCACCUCCCCCGACACAGAGUGCACCGAGGGCCCGAUGUGGAGACACUGAGGAUGGUGCCUGACGGAGCGUUGGCCUUGACCAGAUGUUCGAUUCUCUCCGAGUCGUUUGUAAGUUAUUGCAGGUAUGCAAGUGAAUAUCUGUCUCGGGGAAAUGGAGGGGGCCGAUUUGCUAGCAGGAUUGUGUACAGUUUAGAGAAGCAAUUAUUUAUUGUGAAACUAUUCUCUACUUCAGCUUCUUUAUGCGGAUCUGUUAAAAGUAAACCACUGCAUAUAUAUAGAUAGAUAGAUAGAUUUUAAAUUGUGUUCUGAAUCCAAACUCAUAUUCCUUAGAGCUUCAAUUACAUUUUUAAAACGCCUGUGCACGGUUUGGCUCUGUGGCAAGAUGAUAUCUCGGAGAAUAAUUCAUUCACUGUGCUAACAUUCAGAAAAUACUGUCAAAUGCAUAAUAAAAAAAUCUAAAAGUUU